CCCCUGCACCCUGGCACUGACCCCCGCCGUGUGCUGCCAUGCCCCGGGGCGCCCUGCUUCCCCAGCCCGCCGCCUGUGCUCCACAGCCCCGGGCCCCUGGUGCGCUCCAUUGCCCACCACACCGUGUUCCUCACCCUGCCUGUGCACAUCCCAGUCAGCUCCCAGACUCUGGCAUCCUUCCCCAAACCCUGUGCACCUUUUGCCCUGAACAGCUCAGGUGCCAGCACGGGGUAGAGUGGGAGCAGGAAUGGCCUGGCCCUGGCACCCUGCUCCCACUCAGCCCCUGGGGGUCUUUUCUGUCCUUGUCCCCAACUCUGCUGCUCUCCCCAGUGUCUCGCCUGCACUGUGAAAGUGAAUCCUUCAAGAUGGACCUCAUUUUGGACGUGAACAUCCAGAUCUACCCUGUGGACCUUGGGGACAAAUUCCGCCUGGUCAUCGCCAGCACCUUGUAUGAAGAUGGCACCCUGGAUGACGGCGAGUAUAACCCCACGGACGACAGGCCGUCCAGGGCAGACCAGUUCGAGUAUGUGAUGUACGGCAAGGUGUACAGGAUUGAAGGGGAUGAGACCUCCACAGAGGCAGCCACGCGCCUCUCUGCCUACGUGUCCUAUGGGGGGCUGCUUAUGCGACUGCAGGGAGACGCAAACAACCUGCAUGGGUUUGAAGUGGACUCUCGAGUUUACCUGCUGAUGAAGAAGCUGGCCUUCUAGGAGACCUCCUGCCUCCAUGGGCUGACCCCAGAGACGUUCUGCUGGCGAGCAGAAGCCCUGGGACCCCAAAUCCUGCCCUAGCACCUGUGCUGCCUGGCCUCUCCGAAGCUGCGGGAGGAAGGGGCAGUCCCCCUUUUCAUCCCGGCCUCUUCUAACUCCUGCUGGAAUCCACAGCCCCCUCUUCAUGGUGUCUGAUGGCCAAGUGGAACCUGUGUUGGGUGCUCCACAGUCUUGCCUGCUGGGCAUCUCCUCAACUCUGCCCUCCUGUGCCUCAAAAGCAGGGUCAGGGCUGUGGACCGCUUCCUGAGGAGCCAUCCUGAGGCAGGCUCGGCUUUUUCUUGAUUAAACUGGGA